AUCUUUUGUAAACACUGAUAAUGUCUAUAUACCAUGCUACUUCAAAAUGAAACCGACUGCGGAAAUUACACAUUUCGCCCGGACGCAAUCGAUAUCGCCAACCGCGACAUCAGGGGGUUCCCCUCUGACGUCAACGUAGUUUCAUUUCCACGAAAAAGUCGUUACACAUAAGGAUUUAUUAUGUACGAAUGUGUGUAAAAAUCACAGGAGAUAUGUUUUCGCCCUGCUACAACAUGGACACAAUGAAGGCAUUGGACACGCUUCGGACAAAUGCUGAUGUUAUAGCCAAAAUAGUCACUGCAGGAGACGCUCACUGUCGUCUCAACACACAGCACAUGAUCAGUUACUUGAACCGAUGUGAUAUUAAGGUGGAUGACGUUGAAAAACUGCGUGUCAUUCAUGUCAGCGGCACAAAGGGCAAAGGGUCAACUUGCGCUUUCUGCGAGAGCAUUCUUCGUCACCAUGGCUACAAGACAGGCAUGUUCAGCUCUCCACACCUAGUAACAAUCCAUGAGCGGUUCCGUCUGAAUGGGAAUCCUGUUUCUGAGGACUUGUUCUGCAAAUGCUUCUGGGAAGUGUACAACAAGCUGGAAGCUACCAAACCACAGGUUGAAGGUGAAUCCGAAGACUGUCCGAUGCCUGACUAUUUCUCCUUCCUCACCGUCAUGGCUUGCCACAUGUUCCUCGAGGAAGACGUUGACGUGGCCAUUUUUGAAGUCGGCAUGGGUGGAGAAUAUGAUUCUACCAAUUUCCUCCAAUCCCCAGUUGUGUGUGGAGUUACCUCCCUUGGGUUAGAUCACACUGAAGUCCUUGGAGACACAAUAGACAAGAUUGCUUGGCAUAAAGCAGGGAUUUUCAAACGUAAUGUACCAGCUGUCACAGUGAUGCAGCCAGCAGAUGCCAUGAUGGUGCUGUUCCACAAAGCGAGGGAGAAAGGGGCGAGUCUUUAUGUGGCACCGCCUCCAGACAACAGUGAAACGGAAGAAGUCCAUCUAGGUAUUGCUGGGAGGGUCCAGAGAUCGAACGCCGCACUUGCCUUACAGCUUUGUCGUAUAUAGCUGGACAGUCACGAUAAAGGUGUGUACAGGAGACGAUGGGUUUACGAUCAGUCAGAUCUACAUGACUGGGACGAGCUUCCAAGAUUAGCCGGAUCUGUUCUGUCAGAAGAAAUGAGAAAUGGUUUGUCAGCAUGCUACUGGCCUGGCCGUAACCACACACUGAGUCGACCUGGCGUGACGUAUUAUAUGGACGGAGCUCACACACUGGAGAGUGUGCAGCAAUGUAUGGAAUGGUUCCAAGAAGCAUCCAAGACAGAAGCGAUUAAACACGAAGGGGGCGUGUGCCGUAUCCUUAUCUUCAACGUGACCAAACACCGCAACGUUAAAGCAAUGUUAUCGAUACUGAAGCCCUUAAAUUUUGAUGGUGCAGUGUUUUGUCCGAACCUGGCAUUCGUAGAAAACUCUUUAAACACACCAGCCCAAACAAACAGAAAAGUCAACAGCGAUGCAAAACCUCAGGAAAAUCGGGAAAUCUGGGACCAAAUUAAGACUGACUUGGAAUCGUCAUCGUCCACACACCAGACCCCCUACAACAUGCCCCCUCAGUCCCAUAUCUUCCCCUGUGUCCACCAGGCACUGUGUUGGGCGGGCCAGGGCCGUGACGCCACCCUGACGCAACCCCGCACUGCUGACUUGCCGCCUAUAUCUGAUAGACUGACACGCGCUUCUCAAAUACAGAUACUCAUUACAGGAAGCCUGUAUCUGGUAGGGGGCGCUCUCGAGCUGCUGAAGUCGGAGUAACGGUGAAAACCAUUAAACAUGGUAGGGGCAUCAUUCUUCUACCAUUUAGCCCUGUGUUGGGUUCUGGGUUAGGAUAGUUCCCGAGCAAACUAUGCUGGUCGUAAGAGGCGACUAAAUGGACCGGAUGGUCAGGCUCGGUGAUUUGGUUGAUUGCAUAUUAUCGGACCAGGCGGUAGAAAUUGUUGCUCAUGAUAUCAAUCACUGUGUUGUCUCGACUAUUUCACAAGCCGCCUCCACGGUUGGACUAUUGCUGUAUCUGACGUAAUACAAUACCCAAAGACAAUCAAGAUUUUAACAUAAUGUACUUUUAAUGCGUGAGAUGAUUGAAUAUGUGUCGACCCAGUGGGUUAAUGCAUUACUGUAAAGCUGUGUCCUCGUGACUGAACCACGACAUUCUAAAUCCGUUAUCUAGUUAUUUGCUUGCAUUACAUAAUGAAUAUUGACAUUGAUCCUGUUGAAGGAGAUAUUGUCCCCUGCUUCCCUAUCUUUGGUCCGGUGAUCUUAAGCCUCGUUGUCACAGAAACGACUUGAAGUAUUGGUCAUUUUUUAGCAUUUAUACUUAGUUUAUUUAUUACAAAACUGUGGCAUGUACCUUACUGGUUUCCAGAAAUUGCAGUAAACUUCUAAAAGACAAGGAUGCAGAGUUGGGGACGGGUGCAUGUGUCCAUAUUUAGAAUGGACAUUUUUCAUAAUUUCAUUCAAAGUGAAGUCACUUCAUCCGUAAAUUCUUUCUCGGAGAUGCUUCUAUGAUCGGAGGGGCGGUCGGGUAGCCUAGUGGUUAAAGCGUUCGAUCGUCACGCCGAAGACCCGAGUUCGAUUUCCGACAUGUGUACAAUAUGUGAAGCCCGUUUCUGGUGUCCCCCGCCGUGAUAUUGCUGGAAUAUUGCUAAAAGCGGCGUAAAACCAUACUCACUCUUUGAUGGGAAGAAUACUGGAGGAAACAUGCUACCAUGUGAAGAGCAUAAAGCUGAUUUGGCACCACAUAGAAUGCCCCGUGGCGGAAGUCACGCUUCAGCAUCACAGAGAUGUCGCUCUCUGCCCUGCUUUUGGGAAGUUGGGGAAAUCCUUUUCGUCUGACCUGGUAAACAGAAGGUCGGUAUGGAUGCAACAGCAGUCUUUGUCACCUCGGUCCAGGGAUCAUCCCACAAUCGGUGGACUUUUUCACAGUACAGAGCUGGUGUAGAGCCAAUCUCAUUAAUAUUAGAACUUAGUUCUCGCUGCCGCUUAACAAAGAGGACAUCCCAUUACGGGUCACGUCAGAACGACCUUCUAUCCGACCAAUCAAAGCGUCGCUUACCAGAUCAUGAAAGUGACAGUCGGAAUGUGUUUUCUAAUUAUGCAACCUCGAAAACGUUAACACGGAGUAUUCGAGCGACAGUUACGGCCCGUUCGACUGAUUUCGUCAAAAUCUCUCUUUCGGCCAUCUUUUGCUUCCGAGGGAUAAACAUUUGAAAGGAGGAGGCAUUGCAUAGUACAUGGGUAAUCGCAACCAUAUAUAAGCCAUUCUGGAAUGUUUCACUGCAAACACGAAAACGUCGUUUUUUCCCGUAUAUGGUCAUUGGACGGAAAAACGACGUUAUUUGGACGUUUUCAAACCAUCGUUUUUCCGUCCAAAUAACGUCGUUAUUUGACAUCGGA